AUGGGCAAGAAUACCACAGUGAUCCCUGACGCCUGGGAGGACGAUUGGGAGGCUCAGGCGGACAAGAUGGCCAAUGAACCUGAACAGCCCACACAGCCAAUGCCUCUGUCCAAAGCAGAGCGCCUGGCGCAGCAUGCUGAGCAGAAUCGCAAGUUGUGGGAAUCUGCCGACGCACCACAAACUUUCCACUAUGUCGAAGCUGGUUCAAACUCGGGGGUUCCUCUUACGACUCCGUUCAAACCACAAGUCAAAGUGCUUAGCCGAAAGCCCAUCAUCGCUAAGCGCGAUGCUACAGCAGGGAUGUCUGGCCUCUCAUUAGAUGACGAUAAUGAAACAAAGAAGGAGGUGCCGAUGAGUCCAGAAGAAGUGCGAGCAAAGCAGAAGCGAGACAGAGAAGAAAAGCAACGUCGAUACGAAGAAGCCAGGGCCAAGAUCUUCGGAGAAUCGAACCCAUCUUCAGGAGCCUCAUCACCUGGCACAGUUACCCCGCCAAAGGUAGAUGGAUACGCUGGUCGUGGCCGUGGCCGAGGAAGGGGCGGAUACAGGAACAACGACACACGACAGUUCGAUAACCGUCAACCUGAAAAUCGUACAUUUGAUGCUCCACGAAGAAUGCAGAACAUGUCAGGCUCAGGGCGUGAACUCUUCGACCCUAACUACAGCCCAAAGCCCGAACAGCCUGCUCAAAGACGACAGCCAGAUUAUUCAUCCCCUGGCAGGAGUGUAACUCCUCGGGAUGAGCAGCAACAGCAAUUGCAACCACAGGCACCAAUUCGAUCACCAAAGGGACCAGACGGAAGUGGUCGUGGAGGGUUCGGCUUUGCUCAACGAGGCGGCAGGGGCAGUUGA